AUGAGCAGCCGAGCGGACGUGAGUGCGCCCAUCACUACCUCAGAUCUCAAAGUGUUCUACUGCGCAUGCGGCGAGCUUGGGCUGGUCAUCAACCGCAGCUUGGCGUCUCUAGCACGUCGACCGGUCGAUAAUGCCAUGAUUCUGCGGAAUACGGGCAAGGACAAGAUGUACUAUAAGCUCAAUGCUCUGCUGGAUCGGGAACCUAUCGUCUACAAGCGCCCGGACGGCUUGGAAAAGCAAUGGCGACUGCGUUGUCAACGAUGCGACCUGCAGCUCGGCUAUGAGACGAGCGAUGCCAGAGAAGCCAGUACUCGAGGACCGUACACAUACCUGCUGCACGCACGUCGUUGUCAAGCCUUGCGAUAG